GUUAUUUCUUAUAAAUUAUAUCAAUUUUGAUAUUAAUCAUCAUCGAUGUAUUAAAAUUCUAUAUAUUUAUAUGCAAUUCUUGCUUUGUUUAUGUCGCAGCUGGGAAAUCUUGUGUCAGAAAUUCUUAUUAUGCCUCUCCGUUUUAUGCUUACUGCAAAUGCGUAUGCGGAAUUCUUGGGACCGAAUGAAUUUCAUUCUAUCCUGUAGUCCCUACAUGACCCCAACCUGCGAGGUACUAUGGGCGCAACCUUGGAACGGCCUAGUCCUUUGUUCGAUACGUGGAAUAAAAGCGAUGUAAAAAAGGGUUGUCGUGAUGCGUCGCGUUCCCACUCGGAGCACUUUCCGUGUAAUUAAGGAACCCGGCUUUGCGGAAUUUGCAUGCGUGCAUUCGAUCCGGUGUGUGUAUAUGUGUGUGUGCGUGUGCGGGCGCGCGCGUGUGUAUGUAUAAUAACAUAGUUAUAUAUUUGUUAAAUUUAAAAUCACGCUGUAACGUGGAAUUAUCUUGCAUGCAUUGUGUGAUAUUUUACCAGAAUACUCCAACAUGAGUGAGAAAGGAAGAUAAAUUGAAAGAGAGAGAGAAAGAUAUACAUGUAACACAGACGUUAAACAUCUAAUCCAUCCGGAUACCAGAAGACCCGGAUAUGCAGGAUGUGCCCGGGCCUGUGGAUCCAUAGCUGUGUUAUUCGAAUGCCCGGAUCCGAUCUCGACGUUUAGACUAUUUAAAUACAGACAUGUUUUAGUCGUCAAGUCGAGAUUCGAAUCUCCAUCUCCGGGAUCUCGGCCCGGAGUUUUGAGUUCGGUUAGGAACAUAAAACCAAUUAUAUAUUGUCAUAAAUUUUUACUAUCGUUAUAAAUUACUAUAACCGUAUUCUUAUAAUCUUGUGUGUGGAAAUUACAGCAUAUGUGACCUAAUUUAGGAAACUCAUGGUAAAUAUGAAAAGAAUACAUUUAAAGGCGGGAAAAGGCAUAAAUUAACGUCUUAUAUCGAUAAUAUCGAGAAAUUGUCGUAAUUACAAUCUUAGUGUGAAAGAAACUGUCCGUUCCAUUCUUCGCUUUCUCAUUUACCACCGCUUUUUGACGCGUUUAUAUCUGUCUAACUGUGUCUAUUCAUGAAGCCCGUCAUUCCGCGCAAUUAGAACAAACAGAUACCUGACGUUUUAUUUGCGCUAACGUUAGAAACCCUUUUCUCAGGCGUAUUAUCUCCGGCCCUUUGUGCAUCGAGGCACCGUGGUCGGGCGUGUCAACAUGAUAUUCGUGGUGUUAUUAACGUAUUGGCUUUGUGCACACUUAGAUUUGUUAUUCAAAGUAGACCUCUAUGAAUUUUUAUGGAUGUAAGAAGAAAAUGUAAAAGAGCGUUUUCUCUUCACAUCUCCACAAGUUCCGUAUUUUUACGGAAAUAUAAUGCGUACCUCUGUCUCGGACAACAUCGUGCUAAGUAGUUCAUUUAUUAGUAUUAGCUGUGACUAUAAACUACGAUCUGAUUUAAUUAGGUUCAUGCGUACAUUGAUCUAUGAGAGUUGAAAUUUUCUUAAGACACUUUUGCUUUCAUAGAGUUUUCGUAGAAUUCUUAUAAUAGCUUUUUAUAGUUUUCGUUAAAUAUUAUAUAGCAAAUGUUUCUGGAAGACACCGCGAAGAACUCCAUCUCAGAUAAGGCGACUAACCGUAAGGGUUAUCGGGAAAAGAAGAGUGUCAUGCGUUUUUCUAUAGUAAGGCAACGUGCUGCUGCCUUUCGAUUCUAAUCAGACGCCGGGAGAAAUCCAGUGCGCGAUAAUAUGCGACUACUGCUUCGUUUUUAUCAAGGUGGCGAUAUUCUUGUUGACAUACUUUUCCGAUUACCGUUGGGGUAAGGAGGGAAUUUUCAUCGAUAAUAAUGACCCUAUUUACCAUUAUUCUCUACAUCGCCCGAUCAUCGAUCUGGCCUGCAGUGCACUCGUCUUGCGCCAUCAUACAAGAUGUACAAAAACGGAACUGUGUCUCGCGGCAGAAGCUUCCUCUAUCAUUCAUGAUGAAACGUCGAUUUUGCACCUUUUAUUCCAAUAUGAUCUUCUAAUUAUAUCGGAAACAAAGAUCGAUCGUAUCUCGCGUUCGCAUCAAGGAUACGUUUCAAGACAUAUGUCAGCCGCAACAUCCUGUUCUCGCGGCGGUAGUUCCUCCAUACUCGAUACUGUGGAAACGCCGAUACACGGGGAAACGUUAAAAAGGAAAAAUCGGCAAUACAAAACGAUCAAGUUAUCGAUCAUAAUUGCGGGGCAAGGCAACUCGUUUCUGCCCGUCCUUGACGAGGAUCCACUUCGGCGAUCGUCCACCUCGAUGCAUUAUGCAAAUUGCUCGGGCCGGUCGUGGGUUGCCGCGUAUUUCUUCCUUUUUUUCGAUCCCUUUUUUUGUUCACUCUUGGACGUUCUACAACUUUAAAGUCGCGUUCACACCGAGACGAUUCUUCUCACUGUAGACACUGUUGAACCCUUCGAAGUAUCACGGUAUCUUUAUAGUGCUGGAUUAAUUGAAUUCCGCGAAAUCGGUCUUGCAUAACGACCUUAUUUUACUUUUCAAACGCGUCUCGGCCGAUAGAUCGAUGACCUUUAUUAAGAAAAAUAAAGAUAAGAUGAGACGAUAAUUUAGAUAAAUAGAUAUUGCCGUCUGAUUUGAUAACUAGCUUAGGAUAGUGAUAUGUGAUAUAUAUUGACAUUUAAUAUCACGAAAUUAAUUAAACUUUAGAUAUUACUAUUACUUUUAUAUGUUCUGCAUUGUUUUCAUUUUUAGUUUAUAGUUGUAUUAUAUUUAACAUUUAGGAAAAAUAGGAUAUGUUUAAUUCAAGGGGAAAAGGAAAAUGCAAAACUUAUUUUUUUAUAAAUCUCACGUACAGUAUCAGCAAAAAGUGAAUACUUAUUUAAAAGAAAAUAUUAGUUUCAUCAGUGAAUGUUGCGUUAAUUGCGAAUACAGACCAAAAUUGGAAAAACGAGCGGGCGAUAGCCGCUCAUUGUGCGGUCACAACGGGUGAGCGGGACUUAAAUGGCCGAUGAUGCAGUGCGAUGCAACGGCAGACUGUGCCAUGAAGCGAAAACUCGGGAUUUACUCUCUCGCGAGAGAACACGUGCUCCUCUGUCUUUCUAUUCACCUUCGCGUCUGCCACAAGAUGCGCACUCGAAAGCCACCCCUGUUCCCUUUGCGAGUUAUUCUUAGCGUUUCCUUGUCCCUUGACGGACAAUCUACUUGACAGACCAGACACAUUUUCCGCGCGAUAUUACCCAGUGAACGACACAGAAAGAUAAAUCUCCGGCUACGAUUAGAUUAGAGUUACUAAUUGAAAGCGUAUAUCCAGGAAUUUAUCACGAGGAUUAAAAUGGACACUUUACGACUGCUAUUUUUAUUCUACUUGUACGUUCCCUCGCUCUUGGACGGCACGUUCUCUCCGAAGCGCGUUCUAAAAAGGAAGCGCGCUCCGGAGUAUCGUAUCGGCAACCUUCAUCGAUAGGGAAAAACGCGCGUCGUUUCCUGCCGUGGACCGCCGUCUUAUAAUACUCUUGCGAAACUCGUCAGCCGGUUGCUCGAUCAAUGAAAUCGUCGUUCUUUUCCCCGCCGAGCGACACACUCCGGUCCAUUCCUCCUGCCUUCGAGGCUGCCGGUCCCCCUCGACGUUCCCUUAAUAUUUCCAUAUGUCGAGUCGAUUCACGUGCCGCGCUUUUCAAAGGCUACCUACGCGUAGCCUAGCAGGGGCGGCCUACGCGCCGCCACGGGCUCCGGGAACCCGUUCACCCACCUUCGACCUCGCCCCUUCGCAUUCGCCACCACCAACGUGGUUUCACCGGGCCCGUACGUGCGCCUGCGUCCGCCUAAGCCGCAGUUUCCGACAGUGUCCUAUUUGGUACUGUCACAGUGCCUUGGUCCUGCGAGACCGUUGGCCAGAGCUGUUCGGUUGAUCGAACUCACAUUGCCGCGCGUUUCCUCUAGUUUCGAAUAGGAUAAAUUGAUUUCCAACUGUUUCAAGCAAGAUUGGUUGGCCCAACGCAUUUUGGCCGUGCCGGUUAAAGCUUCCCGUUCGGUGUGUUUGUCGAGUCUUGUGCAUACAGUGCGAUCGAUUUAGCCAGGACGCUUCAUUAGAGAGCCAAUAAAUCGAGUUGGCAUCCGUUUCAUGUGAUCAUCAUAUAGUAAUGGUAGAGAAAUAUUGAUCAAGUCGGUCUUUUGGAACCAAAGUAGUAGAUAUACAUCACGUUGUGGUGAUCGUGAACAGGACGAAUCGGAACGUUGAUUGAAUGAAUCGACACGAUUUAUCACGAGUGACAAGCGUCGAGAAGUAAUUGCCAGGAUUUCUAAUCUAGCUCGCGCGAUCUCGUAUUCGUUUACGGGGACAAAUGGUGGUUGCGCCUGCGAACACAGCGACGUGGAAUACAUGAAACGGGGAGUCGCAGAUAUGAUUUCGGCCAUCGUACUUCGACGUCACGUUAACAAGCUCGAGUCGACUAAUAAUAGACACGAGUCUGCCGACUCUUCCUAAUGGCUUUGCGUGAGAUGAGAAUCAAUCAAAACGCUUAUAUGCGCAAAACAUUCAUAUGCGUAAUAUCCGCAACAUCAGCGAUAGUUUGCUGCUCAUCGCACUCCGCCCAACGUACCCGUGCAACUGAUUCACUUUAGCGUUACAGAUGUGUCUGAAAUGAUAGACGAUUCAUAUAUCAAACGUUGAUAAGACAACUGCAGAGAUAUGUAAGCAGAAGCAACUGAGUCACGAUAACUGGGCCGAUUCGAGUCUUCAAACCGACGACCGAAAUACAGAAGAGCCGUGGACGAUUAUUGGGGGCAAUUAAAAGGAAUUUGUAAUACGAAAUAAAUGGCGAUCACCGUCGUGAGCAACUGCCUGGGCCCACCGCCUUUGCCACCCGGGAAACGGUUUCUGCACAAGUCUUCAAGAAAGUUGUCGUCCACAUACAAAAGCUUCCGCGACCCCGCCGUGGAAGCCUGGCUGCCCCAUGGGAUCCUGGAAGAUAGUCCUAUGGCGAAGUCGCGCCCCGACGAGACGAUUGGUCAUGGGGUCACCGCUAAGCGGAGUCUCUUCAGAAGUUGCUCCGAGGGUAAUUUGUACGCGCGCAAAACGGCGGUCGUGCUGGCGAACAGUACGCCCCUGGACAAGUGCAUCAAGGCGAUUUACGGCAGCUGGAAAAACCUCUUGCAUUUUGGCGGUAUGAGCCGGCCGUCCAAAGCCGUGACCCAAGCGAAGAAAGUAGCGCCACCGGCUGUACCAGACGUGUUUCGACACUCUGGUUCCUCUUUUGGCUCGGCUGGAUAUGCUAGCAGCGAGGAUAGCUGCUUCCUCUCCGGAAGCGGCCCCGGAGGUACGACGGACGAUGGUUCCUACGGGAUGCCAUCUGGAAAAAGUCCGGGACCUAUUUUUACCCAUCCUGGCUUUGCCUUCCCGCCGGUCGUCGGCAAGUACGCCCACGCCGAAGAUCAAGGUAUUGACAUGACCCAGAGCCCUGGCAGGGACAGUCCUGGUAGUUCGGGAUCAGGUUCCGGUUCCAGACAUUCCACAGCGUCGCUCGACUCGGGGAGGGCGUCUGGAUAUCACUUGGGACCUAGAGGACCCGGUGCUCUCGCCUCAUCUCCCAGGUGUUCCAUCAGUUCUCUCGGGAGUCAUCCUGAUCGGCCAGCGGAUCUGGACGUUGUUCACGCCUGGUUGACCGAGCUUCAAUUUGAAGAGUACUUUCCUUUGUUCGCUUCCGCGGGUUACGACCUCGCUACUAUAACGCGCAUGACACCGGAGGAUCUCACGGCAAUAGGUAUCAAAAAACCUAAUCACAGAAAGCGGCUGAAGGCGGAAAUAGACAAUUUGAAUAUAGGGGAUGGGUUACCGGAACACGUACCCGGCUCGCUGGAAGAAUGGCUCAGGCUUCUCAGGCUCGAGGAAUACCUCAGCGCGCUUCAUCAACAAGGUAUGCGUUCCGUUGAAGACGUGACGACUCUCACCUGGGAGGACCUCGAGGACAUUGGCAUCGUACGUCUGGGGCAUCAGAAGAAAUUACUGCUGGCGAUUAAAAGAGUUAAGGAUAUCCGCGCCGGCAAACGUAUACAGCCACUUGAUCUCGCGCGUCUGCCGCCACAUCCUGGACACACACAGGAUGUUGUUAUUCAACGAGGUGGACCCGAUCUGCCAUCGCCCGACGAGGAUUGCUCCUCGCCUGUGCUCAGAUCUUUCCAAAGAGGUGGGAAUGACGCAACCUCCGGUGCUACUUGGAGAAGUAUGUACGCCGCGCUUCCAACCGACUAUAACACAGUCGGUCGUACUGGUUCUCGGGGGAAAUCCCUGGAGAGUUUGGAGGAUGCACCUCUUGGUUAUCCUCCGUCACCAGCACCGGCGUCGCAUCCGCAACCCCUCGUGGACUGGCGUCCACGCAGCUUCGAGGACGGCGAUCUCACGCCGACGAAUGACGCUUCCGUUGUAGACGCCGGUGGCGGCACUCUGCCGCGACCGAGACACUGUCUCGUUCGUCCGCGGCCUGUGGCUAAGGUCACCGCGACGCCGGGGCAAUACAAGUCCCUGCCCAGGGACUUCGACAACAAGUAUCAGUUAACGUACGGGCUCGAGAGCAGCCCGCACCUUCCGAAACGAUGUCCUCCAUCGCCCCCGAGGCGACAGAGUUCCAGAGACGCAAGCAAUUCUUCCGUGGUUGGCGUGGGCGGCACGGCGGUCGGCGACGUCGUGAUAGAUUGCAGCGGGCCAGUACCAACCGCCACGUGUGAUGAUCAUCAUCUGCAUCAACACCAUCAUCAACACCAUCAUCUGCUUCAUCAUGCAUCGCCACCACCGCCGGCACCGACACCGGCGCCUUCCACGCCACCGCAACUAAACCGACCGCCUCCCUCCAUGUCGCGCUCAUGGGGCAGCGUUGGUGUUAACGUCAACGAAGAGCACGAGCUGAUUGCCACUCUCGCUCUGCAGCAUCGCAACGGUUCGGACGCUAGUUUCAAGUCGAGUUCCAGUACGGAGUCGGACUCGUUGCCGUUUGCCAAUGAGAAUGCCGGCACGAUUAAGCAGAGAGCCGGCCGUGCGCAAGACUACGUACCGAGUGGACCGAACAGUAUCGCCGCUCACAUGGUCAAUCAUCAUUCCGGUGGUGAGCCAGCGGACGUUUUGAACGAUAUCGGAAAUAUGCUUGCCAAUCUCACGGACGAGCUCGAUGCGAUGCUCGAGGAAGAAAAGCGCCAAGGCCUGAACUCAUAAUCGUCACUGCCUUCGUUUGCAUUUUUUCUAAUCCAGACCAGAGUUGCCAUAAGGAUUGAACAGAUUUGAGCGAAUCUCGUCGUUUUUUGCGAGACGACAACUCGGACGCGGGUGCGAGGAUGCAUGCGGAGUUGUGGACACGAGUGAGAUGCGACGCGGGGAGGACGAGUCGCGUCGAAACUGCAACGUCUCGAAUCCUAAGGAUCUUAAAGACAGAAAUACACCUAUCGACAUACAUAAAAAAACUCAUUCCUCCAUUGCGUUUCGUGAGGAGGAACGAGUAAGACGCAUCAUCAUCAUCAUCGCUUCUACAUGGAUGAUAAUGUUCUGUUUUCGUACUGUACAGAUUAAUGCGUAUGUGUAGAACGUGUAUUUGCGUGAUUUAUACCUUGCUUCAGUAAGUUCUCACUGGGAAAGGAAAAGUACUUUAUUUUCUACAUGGGAACCCAUGUCGAAUGGUGGUAUUCCAUAAAGUUCUCUGGAACUGCAGCCGUCUCGCAAUGGUAUCGCACAAUUUUUCAUUUUUAUUAUCUCCUACUUCUUUUGAAGUAGCCAUAGUAUUCCUUUUGUUAUCUUUUCUUUUUUUUUCUACUACCGACAAUAUUAGAACCGAGUGAUAAUAUAACGAGUAUCGCUCAUCGCGUAAUAAAUUAGCGCGAUCGAUUAGUUGCAUCGUCAUGCAAACCACAUGAAAUAUUGAUGCGGCAGGAGGGGAGGGGGAAGAAAUUUUUAAAUAAAUAAAGGUAUAUAUAUAUAUAUUGGACAUGUAAGUAUGGUUUGUAUUUGUAGAGCGUGUGUCGCAAACGAUUCGGAGAAAAGCAUACACGUCUUCUGUAUAAUAAAGUCCAUCUUAUGUUAUUUGCUUCUGCGAACGCACGAGAUCUCACCCCUCUUCUCGAAGAAUUUACGUUUUCCGUUAACGUCACGUACAUUCCAGUUGACAUUUUUCCAUUUCCGUCCUGCAUUGAAUCGAUAGCUAGAGAUUGGGAAGAUUUUCUAUUCGCAGUUGAGUCUCCUGUGUAAAAGCAUGGUGCGCGGAUAAUCGUAUGUCUCAUCCGAGUAGAACGCGUCUUUAAACGUCAGAGAGAGAGAGACACACACACACACACACACACACACAUUCAUAGAUUGUUACAAUGAUAGAGGAUAAUUAUUAUCUUUCACUAUGCAUAUUGUGGUGGUAUGAUUUUUACGGAAAGGACUACACGUACAUAUACACACACGCAUGUACUAGACAGUGCUUUCCCCAGUGACAGAAGUUCCGUAAGAAAUGUCAUCGACUACAAAUAGAAUAUUUCAAGGCAAUACGGUUUAUAGCGCAGAGAUGUAAGUGAGGGUAUGCCAAUUAACACUUUUGUAUUUAUUACUUGUACUAAUAAAACAUAGAGAAACUUACGUACGUAACUUACUAUUGUUGUAUGAUACAUUCAGACGGUGCGGAGCACUUGGAGAGUAUUCAUACGUAUUAAAUCAAAGUAAUGGUAGCUGUAGCGCAGCACACACACACACACACACCUGCGAGGUAGGUGCCCGCGAGUGGUCUUCACUGAGAAUGUCUUACUGGUUACUGGUCCCAAGAUCUGGAUGUGUAGCGUUUUUGCAAGGAACUUUUAUAAAAAAUACUUUAUACGGACGGACGACGAUCUUCAUCUGCCUUGACAAAGUCGCCAAGCGGUGCACUCGAGUUAGGAAUUUUUUCGAACAUCGUGUCACACUUAAAUAUUUACAGUGCAUUGACGAUAAGAUGGAACGAAAUUGUUUGGUACUACAGAAGAUCUGCAGGAAUCGCGUGUGUCAGGAUACAUUGAUUAAAUUUUUUAUAUAUCGAUCUCUUCCGUAUUAUCAAUAUUCAUAAUGAUGCUUCACGUACCAGUUUCGACGGCUGCGAAACGCAUGAUUUACAGUUAAAAAUGUAUGAUUAUUACAUUAUUGUACUCCUGCGACAUGCUAUUUUCUUUUAUCCUGACGGGGGCCGUCACUCAUAAUCGGAGCCAGUUGCGCUCUACAGAUAAGAAGAAAACAUUAGUAGUACGUAUACAGAAUUUUGAGGUACACUUAAACUUAGGAUUAAUUAAUUAAACUGAAGGCUGCUCGAUGCAGGCGGGAGAUUUGUUUUGUUAAUUACUGGUAGAUAUAGUUCUAUAGAAUAAUAUAUAUAUAUAUAUAUAUAGAUAUAUACUGCAUACAUACAUAUGUAUAUACGGAUCGUCGUGGCAAGACCGAAUAUUUUUUUAACGAUGGGCUUUGACGAAAUCGGACAAGUUUUACCAAACAUUGCGAGUAGUUGCUAGUAAAUUUUAUCUUUUAAAUUGUUUAUGAUUUACACACAAGUAGCUUGCAACUAAAAAUUGAUUUCUCGAUAUUUCUUUUCUCUCGAGCGAAGCGAAGAAAUUCUAAAUUAAUGGAAAAUCCAUGAACGCGAUAAAAAAAGGCAUUCGAUCUUCUAAGCGUGUCAUGUCCUGCACGCGUAUGUAUGUAUGCACGUAUGUACAUCAUUGAUAAGCAGUGAAUUUAGGAGGGCGUGUUCGCGCGACGAGUCUUCGAGCGAGAUGGGACGACGCGUUGUCUUCACCGAAUAGAUCGAUUGCAUUACCGACGUGCGAUUUCGCACUUACGAGCGAGCUAUGCACAUGGAUUUCUACUGAUUUCUACCGCAAUUUGAUACGUACACGAUGCUACGGUAAUGCGGUAACUCCGAACGCCGGCGUGUGUGCGAACGCCGAAUAUUUUGCGCCAGCGAGAGAUCAUCACGGCAUCAUUACACAUUCUCCGAUUGUUAUUGUACAGAUCUUAUUGAUCUUCAGCGGCGGAUUAUUGUGUGUUUCGAUUAAUUUAUGUACUUUGUACCGAUAAGUAUUCGAACCGCUUACGAGACUUAUAUCAUAGGAUAUAUAUAUAUAUAUAUAUAUGUAUGUAUAUGCAUAUAUAUAUAUAUAUAUAUACAUAUAAAAAAUCAGUAAAAGAAUUAUUGCGUGAAGGAUGAUUAUUGCGUGUAAUAGUAGCCGGAGUCGCCUGUUACGCGUAGAGGAACUGGUUAUUUUGAAAGUGGUGCGAAUCGAGCCUCGAGAGAUCGUUUUCGAGAGAUAGGAGAGCGGUACACAGUAUUUCGUAUAAUAUUUUAUAUUUAAUCUUCGCUGUCACGAGCGACGUGGAUUUAUACAUGGUAUACCCGUAUAAGCACUUUCCACUCUCCUCUUAUUAGUAAUGUUAAUGUUCUCAGAUAACAAUUAUGCGUUCUUCUCAGCUGCCUUGUUAGUUUUCAUAUACCCGACAUACGGUUGAGUUAGCCGACGGAAAACCGUGCAGAUUUUUAAUGUUAUUACGCGCGCGCGCCAUGAGAGAAGUUGUAACGAGACGAGUCGUAACACGAGUUACUCGCAGUUUGCUAAAUAAACGGUAAAAUCCAUUGUUUUCCAAGUUUAUUGCGUUCCAACUGCAGAUCAGCGUGUGUGUACCUGUGCGUGCUUUUUUUCCACACAAGCGACGCUCUCUCUCUGCGAUAAUAACGAGAAAGCAUCGUGUGAACCGGCGUCGUCGGUGUCACUUAAAUGAACCCCGUCGUUUGAAAAUUUCCUGCGUAAGGCCUCGCGAUCUUCGAAUCGAAGAUCGCCGAGAGAUCGCGAGAACGCGAGAGCGAGAGCAAUUCUCUUGAGCAAUUUCUUUGCGGUUGCAUUCAUUGCAUUCUUUCACUACGCAUGACGCGGACGAUGCGUGCAGUUUCCACCGUAUGAAUAAUCGCUUUGCUUUCAGAUCAAUGUACGAAUCUGAUGAUUCUGUGAGUGAAAGAUUUUUCGUUUUUUGUUGGUGUUUUUUUUUUUCGUUGAUCCCCACGGUUUCCAGAAUAAGUCUGCUAAUGAAUUCCGAGCUCGUGUGCCUCAUAGGCGAUCGAUCGACCACGGUUCCCUGAAUACACGGCUUCUACGUGGUGUGUAAAAAUUACACACACAUGUAUAUAUGUGUGUGUGUAUAAUAUAUACAUGUAUAGUUUUUUUACGAACGUAAUGCGUUGCUAAAAACCUCGUCCAUCCGAGGCGAACCCAAACGCCCUAAACUUGCAUUGUACAACCCCCUUCCACUCCUCCAAGUUAGUUUAAAGCGCGUGUUAGACGUAUCAUUUGGUUUAUCGAUUAAGAGGAAAAAAAAACGGUAAUUGAGAUAUCUUUAAAUAAAGCCAAUGGACACACU